UACUACGGUUGUUCGUUGUUAACGACCCUGUGAUGAACACGAUCUGAAAACAGAAAGCUAGCAGCAACAAUGGUGGAUUAUUCUCCAACACCAGAAAAAAACUGCAAACACUCUCUGCUCUACCUCACCGUCGUACUCGCAAUUCUCCACUUCACACAACUCCAUCUGCCACGCAAUCUCUUCCUCGGCGGCGAACCAGUGCGCCGCACGAAGAAGAUCUCCGACCUCCCUCUCCGGUUCCGUUCCGACGGAACCUUCAAAAUCCUCCAGGUGGCUGACAUGCACUAUGGAACUGGAAUGGUUACACGGUGCAGAGAUGUGUUAGCUUCUGAGUUCGAGUUCUGCUCCGAUCUCAAUACUACAAGAUUUUUGAAGCGGAUUAUUCAGGCUGAGAAUCCUGAUUUCAUCGCAUUUACUGGAGAUAACAUAUUCGGAUCAAGUACCCCUGAUGCUGCAGAGUCUCUGUUCAAAGCCUUUGGUCCUGCCAUGGAAUCAGGACUUCCCUGGGCUGCAGUUCUUGGAAACCAUGACCAAGAAUCAAGUAUGAAUCGUGAAGAAUUAAUGUCCUUAAUCUCCCUUAUGGACUAUUCAGUCUCACAAAUCAAUCCUUCAGCUGAUGGUUUCACCAAUCCUACUAAAAUUGAUGGCUUUGGGAAUUAUAACCUAAGAGUAUAUGGUGCCCCAGGUUCCAUGCUGGCAAACAGCACUGUUUUGAAUCUAUUCUUUCUUGACAGUGGAGACAGGGCUGUUUAUCAGGGAAUUCGAACUUAUGGAUGGAUCAAGGACUCACAGCUUCACUGGCUUCGUCAUGUUUCUCAAGAGUUUCAGGUAAUAGCAAAAUUUGAAAGCUCAUUCUUAACUAGCUAUGCAAACCCUACUGAUGCUACUUCCCCACUUGAACCGCCAGCACUUGCAUUUUUCCAUAUCCCAAUCCCAGAAGUUCGGCAGCUAUUCUACAAAGAGAUAGUAGGCCAAUUUCAAGAAGGCGUGGCAUGUUCACUAGUGAACUCGGGGGUCUUGCAAACGCUUGUCUCGAUCAGAGACGUGAAGGCUGUGUUCAUAGGCCAUGACCACACCAAUGACUUCUGUGGAAACCUGGACGGCAUAUGGUUCUGUUAUGGUGGCGGCUUUGGAUACCAUGGCUACGGGAAGGCCGGGUGGCCAAGGAGAGCAAGGAUUAUACUGGCUCAACUUGAGAAGGGAAAAAUGUCAUGGAUGGGGUUGCAGAAAAUCAUGACUUGGAAACGCCUUGAUGAUCAGAAGCUAAGCAAGAUUGAUGAACAAAUCCUAUGGGAUCGAUAGCUCUCUAGAGUCUAGAUGACCAAUUGACCAUGCUGCACAUUACACGUAUUUUACCUGUAUUUUCUCUGUGUUUUCCACGGUUUUAGUAGGACUGCAGCAUUUUUUCUUCUUCCUUUUUUGUUCAGUUUUAUGUUGUAUACCUAUUGCAAUCCAGGUUUAUGAGACUGUUUAGCUCUAAUUCUUCCCUAUAAAAUAUCAUGCUAAAUAAACAUUGAAUUGGUGGUGACCGGAAGAAUUUGUAAAAUCAUGUCUUUAAACUGUUGUAUAUUGAUAAAGACAAUCAAUCAUCGUCUACUUGAGUUCCA